UCGAUCGUGCAUCUUAUGUUGCGCAGACUGGCGGCCAAGCCCACUUCACACUUACUUACUUCAACGUGCAUUUGGGAUUCAGGUGAUUCAGCCACACGUCAAGUAUCCCCUAUUAGAUGUCACAAUUACAUAAUACCUCACUGCUGAAGGGAAAGCGGAGGUGACAGCGGUUUAAGAAAGAGGUAGCCAUGGCUAAGAGCUGCUGAUUUCCCGUCGUUUCUCAAGGCCCUGAGUUUAGCUUUGUUCAGAGCUGUUGUGUGUGAACAAUACCCAGGAAGACAAUGAGGCUGUUUCUGUUUUCUUUCGCUGUCUGGUUACUAGCUCCAGGUUUGUGUCAACAAGUGGUGCAAGGACCCCCUGGACCCCCAGGGCCUCCAGGACCUCAGGGAGAAAACGGUGAUAGGGGACCAACUGGGAAUCAGGGUGCACAAGGAGACCAAGGGGAUGUUGGGCCAACAGGGCCAUUUGGAUCUACAGGAGAUCAAGGGGCACCAGGGCCACCAGGGUCACAAGGCGUUCGAGGCAACCCAGGGCUGAAAGGCCCACAGGGUGACCCAGGGCCCACAGGGGUGACUGGGGCUCAGGGUGGGUCUGGCGCUCAAGGACCUGUGGGACCCCAAGGUGCCACGGGCUCACAGGGCCAGAGAGGAGAUACCGGUGGCCAGGGACCAUCAGGUGCUGUAGGUAACCAAGGUAUAACAGGGGCACAAGGACCCGAGGGACUCAAAGGACCAACAGGGGACCAAGGAGCUCGAGGAGCUAAAGGAGAACCAGGAGACCAAGGUCCAGCAGGACCACGAGGCCCUGUGGGACCAAGUGGGGACGGUAUUGCUAGAGAUCUCGUUGAUCAGUGUUCGUCCAAUCCCUGUCAAAAUGGCGGGAGCUGCCGUGAUGAUUACAAAUCUUUCGUCUGCACGUGCGCCCCGGGGUAUGAAGGAGAGAGGUGCCAGUAUGACAUAGACGAGUGUUCUGUGAACAACGGUCGUUGUCAACACAGCUGUGAGAACCAGAUAGGGUCCUACGUGUGUUCCUGUAGGUCGGGCUUCACACUUGCAGCAGACAACAGAAAGUGCAUAAAUAUAGAUGAAUGUGCAACAAACAAUGGCAACUGUGGACCCAGUUCAUGUAUCGACACCCCAGGUUCACAUAUUUGCGUUAACGUUGACGCAAGCAACUUGCAAACAUUAGUUGUCCAGGCAGACCAACUGUUCAAGGAAGUGAACAGUUUGUCUGGCGUACAAGCCGCCAUUGACGCCGCUUCCGACGCCAAAAGGAAUGCCGACGCACAGACAGGUGACGCGGCGAAGCAGGCCGCAGCAAUAAACAACUCUCCACUGUUGACUAACACCGUGGUGAUGAUUCUUCUCAUUUGGCUCAUCGUUCUAACAGUCGUCACCUUGAUAGUUAUGCUUGUCGUCUGCUGUGCAUGUUGCGCUUCCGGAAGUAGCAAAGACAGAUCACUGAUUGGCGGAGGCAGACCAGAUUCUCGUUACAGUUCGGGCACACCAAAUCCAGCAUAUUCCUUCCCCCAUCUAGCGCUUCAACCAGAAAGAGAGUACCCCAUGAGAGAGUACCAAGAAUAAUAAGAACAUCUGAAUAGUACAACCCGGGAAUAUUGUCUAUAAAAUACAGUGUUUUAGCACGAUUUGUGUAUUCACUUGAAUGAAACCUUGACACUUAGACCCAACUUGAAAAGAAUUGUUUAAAAAAAGGAAUAUUUCUUAAGCCUACAAACCUACAAACUAAACAUUUGAGGGAAACGAAUUAUCAGUUUCUCUACGGGUUUAACUGUUUGACUUGAUCGAAAAAAUUAAUGCAACGGAUUCUUUUAAGUAAACUCAUUGUAUUCUUGUUAUUGUAGUGUAUAUGGUCAUGAAGAAUUUAAGGAUUAAAGUUAAAAGAUGUAUAUAUUUUUAAAACUACCACUCACUAAUUCCAUAUUACCACGGCUAACCGUCGACCCCUUACAAAGGAUAAGGACCUCAUUUAGCCAUCAUGUUAUUUAUAAAUAACACAAAGGUCACUGUUUUUUUUUCGCAGAGUAAAGAUCUGGUCUGCAAAUAUUCAUGUUGUUAUUGGUAUUCCGUUUUAGAAAUAAAUACUGCAUUAUUUUGCACCA